CUCUCUACAUUUUAUCAUAAUAAUGUCCCAAAGACCUUCUUCUCUUCUCUCUCUCUCUCUCUCUCUUCACCGGCGGUGCGGCGAUGGCGGCGGUAGUGGUGGUGGAGGUAUUUAUCUAAUUGGUGACUUUCCCAGACGCGUAUUUCAAAAGAAGAAAAAGUGUGGUUAAAAGAUGUCAUGAUUGGUUUUUACUUUUGAUGGCGUGUGAAGUGGGUAUAUCUGUGGGAUGUAGUAGCAAAACCCUAUUUCUCUUUUCCAAUUCCCAGUUUCUGCUGCCGUCCACGAUGGAAAGACAUUUCUUUUUACUAGAAAACGAAAGGGUUGCACAGAAGGUGUUCGAUGAAAUGUCUGACAAAAGAAAAAAAAUGGAAAAUCUGUCAGGAGGAUUAAAAAAAUGGUUUCCCUUUUUUUUUUUUUUUUUUUUUUUUUUGUGGAUUCCAUAAAUGGGAGGGCUUUAAGGUGAGAGAUCUGAUGACUUAAUGGGAAAUUGUUGAUGGGUUUUGUUGGGUUCGAAAUUUGAAUGAAUGAAUGAUGCUGAGUGUGUAAGGAGAUGGAGAGGAAGAGAGAGCAAAAGGGCAGGAGAGUGACAGAAGAGAGUGAGCACACGCUGCAGCCAAAUGUAUGAAAGGCAUACCUUUGCGGGUGCGUGCUCACUUCUCUUUCUGUCAGCUUCCCCGUAAUUUUCCCUUCUGCUCUCUUCUUCUCUCUCUCUAUCGUUCUUUUUUUCCUACCCUCUGGUUCAUACUGUCAGAUAGGCCAGAUGUCCAUCGGCUAUCGCUCCGCUUCUCUUCCUCGAGUACCCUCUUCUGUUUUUUCCUCCUCUAAUGGACAAAUGGAACAAUGAGACUGGUGAAGUUGAAGCGGCCUCUUCGAAGUUUCAAGCGGUGCCGCUGUAGUGUACAAUUUCGCCUUUCACACUCAUAAUUUGUCAGUUUGUUCUCAUCCUUUCCAAUAUUUAUUAAUUAUAUUAUAUAUUCUUUGGCUAUUGCAAUUUUCCAUAGAAAUUCAUCCUUUCCAAUAUUUAUUAAAAUAUUAUAUACACUUUGGCUAUUGCAAUUUUCCAUAGAAAUUGGAAAACACUUUUCUUUUUCUUUUUCUAUUUCUUAACAUUGAUUUCCAUGGAAACUUAGUAGCGCGACUUUUGAUGGUCCUCUCCUGCUUAUAUAUGGAAUUUUUGAAGAAUAUUGGAAUCCGCGGAAAUAUUUAUGCAGGCAUUAUUUUUCGUUGCUGAAGAGUUAUGCAGAUUUUGUUUCGGUAUUUACUUUCCUAAAACGAAAGAUUUCUUGCCGUUGUGGGGUACUACUUGAGGAAGGGUGUGACUCAAGUGCUGAAUAUGGCAACAAUCCCUCGUUUUGGAUGCCUGAAGAGCCUGCUAUUUUCUAGUCCCAGAUAUGGAGUUUCCAAUCCGGAAAAUUUCCCCAUUCAGCACUUGUUUGACGUUGGGAGGCAACAUAUUGCUUAUGUUUCUCUUCACUUCAGAUUAACUAUCACCACCGCCACCCCCAUUGUCCGCUAUAGAGAACCGCCAUGAAACAGGAGUUGUCAAGUAUGAUUUCAAAAGCCAGGACGAAUGCAGUUGGAGACACUUUAGAUUCAAGCUGCAUCACCUGUCCACUCCCUACUAAUGGAUGUAGUAGACAAGGAAGGAGUUUAACCUCAAAAUUCAAAGGCGUUGUGCCUCAGCAGAAUGGCCACUGGGGUGCUCAAAUUUACGCUAAUCACCAGCGUAUUUGGCUUGGUACAUUCAAGUCUGAAAAUGAGGCAGCUAUGGCAUAUGAUAGUGCUGCUAUCAGAAUCAGGAGUGGAGAUUGCCAUAGAAACUUUCCUUGGACAAAAUUCACUAUCGAAGAGCCUAACUUUCAGAAACUUUACACUACAGAAACUUUGCUUAAUAUGAUAAAGGACGGUUCUUACAGAACUAAAUUUUCUGAGUAUUUAAGGGAUUGUUCUGAAAGCACACAAACGUCGGUGAGUCCCUCCACAGAAAAGGCGCAUAACAAUGGAGGGACAUCUAUUAAGCAACUUUUUCAAAAGGAGCUAACACCUAGCGAUGUUGGUAAGUUGAACAGAUUGGUCAUACCAAAGAAGUACGCUGUUAAGUACUUUCCUCAAAUAUCAGCUAGUACAACAGAAAAUGUAGAACCCGUUGAUGAUGAUCGCGAUGUGCAGCUAGUAUUUUUUGACAAAAUGAUGAGACAAUGGAAAUUUCGCUACUGUUACUGGAAAAGCAGCCAGAGCUAUGUUUUUACGCGUGGUUGGAAUCGCUUUGUGAAGGAAAAACAACUUAAAGCUAAUGACACAAUAGCUUUCUACUUGUGUGAAGCAGCCUCAAGUGAUUCUAAAACUACAUUUUGUGUUGUAGAUGUUAAUAACCGUGACAACAGUGGUGGCCUGGUUGAGAAUGAAACCACAUGUAGCGAAUUGCAGCUCAAUUUGAGGCAUGGAGAAGUUGAGGAAUCGGUCUCGCCUAAGCACAUAGACAAUGAACUAAAAGAUGAACGUGAAGUUAAGGGCUUCAAACUGUUUGGAGUGCAUAUCAAGUGAAAGUAAGUUUUGCUAUUCCUUUCUCCUUCGAUACUUUCUUUUCCAUUUUUUGUAGUUUUAUAGUAAUUAAACCACAUGCCUUAAAGAAAGUCAUUUAAGGUAUUUUUAGGAGAUUCUUUGUGGAACAAUGCUAAGAUAAUAUAUACCCACUAUCAGGAGAAAUUAUUAGAAUUGAUCAAUAUUUCUACCGUGUAGUUUUCACCCUCGUGAAUUUCUUAUGUACUAAGAAAUGUAGUGGUAGAGAUUUAAACCUCGGACUUCAAGUGAAAGGAUAUAGAUAUUAAGAUAAAAGGAGGAGAAACUAUCUAAUCAA